AGUACUGAGUAUAGUGCCGUCGAUCGAUUCUCAUAUCUUUCAUGGUUAACGAUCGAUUCAAUAUGGAAUGUUAUUUUUGUGAAGACAUUCUUGUUUCGAUUUUUUUAAGGCUACCAGCAAGGUCUUUGUUACGAUUUAAAUGCCUUUCGAGAAGUUGGAAUUGUGUAUUUUCUGAUCCAAAAUUUAUUAGAAGCCAUAUAAAAACCACGAGUUGCCAACAAAAUCACAAGGAUUUCCUUCUCCUAUACCGUGACCGUCAUCACCUUCCCCCUGCACUGUCUUGGUUAAGGAUUGAUGCUUGUUUCGACGGCCGUCGAGGAGGAGGUCUUGAGGCACAAGACGUGGAGUUUCCGUUUGAGACUUCAGACACAGUUCUAUGUACAGCACACUGCGUCGAUGGCAUCUUAUGCACGUUCACGCUUCACAGUUCCUCACAUAUGGUAAGUGCAGUUGUUUGGAACCCUAUGACCAAGGAACAUAAGAGAUUUCCAGUAACAGGACCAGUUUACGGGGGCGAAGCUUUUGGGUUUGGCUAUGAUUCUGUCAUUGGUGAUUACAAGGUCAUUCACAUAGAAUAUUGGCAAAAUUGGAGAAAUAUUCAUAGCUUGAGGUUGAAAGCGGAUGGUUGGAACGCUGCUCAUGACAGUGUACCCUACCGCUUUAGCAUCACUUUCUUCAACCAAAUGGCAACGGCUGUAAAUGGCUACCUUUACUGGAUUGCAUGGAAACAAGAUCGUGCGAGGAGCAUUUGUGGUGUGAUCUUGUGUUUUGAUUUGGAGAGGGAGACACUAAGAGAGGAGACAUCUCUUUGUGGUCAGGGCAUAUUUUAUGAAGAUUACCAGUCAGUUCUAGCUGGGGAUUUCAAACGCAAUAAAUUCAUACGCGGUGUGCUUAGUCUUUUGGGGAAUUCUCUUUGUUUGGCUCGUACAUACGAUGAUGAGUAUCUUUAUUUGUUUCUGAUGGAGGAAAAUGAGAUGACAAAAACAAAAUCCUGGGUUAAAUACGCUCAAAUGCACACAGGCAACACUGUGUAUCCUCCUUUAUAUGUCACUAGAAAUGGAGAUAUGCUGGCAAAUGAACAAGGCAAAACAGGAUUGUUCAUUUUCUAUCGAGAAGGUUCUUCAAGAACAAAGAAGGUUGCAAUUCAAGGCCUUCGCCUCUCUUACGAAAGCUUUUAUGUGAUUCCCUAUGUCGAAAGCUUGAUUUCCCCAUUUACAUGAAACGCACAUCACUCAAUUCAAAACUACCAAUGUGUGAUUUUACUGGCACCACUUGUAUGUUAGAAUAUUGUUUAUGAUACCAAAGCAUGAGUUUUCUUAUUUCACCCAUUAUCUAACUAUGUUAUCUGCGUUCACUCACUACUUGUAUGUAACUAUGUCUAUAUAUUAUCUGCUUUCACCCAUUAUAAUACCAAAGCAUGAGUUUUCUUAGUCUGACUAAACGGAACAAUGACGG